GCGCAUUCCCAUUCUAGACAGGAGACCAGAUAUAAUGUACAAUUAUCUGUUCAGAGAGCGAGAGCAGGGAGCAGAGCUGAAAAUAUUUUGUAAUUCUGCUGAGCUUGUAUGUUGUACCCGUACGGCGGUGCUAUCAGAGGAGUGUCUCAUCUGUUCUUCAUAUCCACUUUGAUCUGUGAGCUUCACGUGACCUCAGCUUCAUCAAGAUGUCUCAAAACAGACGCCUAUGCAUUCGAGUGGCAUUGGCGUCAUCAUUAUCUUCCAGCAUCUUUUAAGACCCUCUCCUAGAUGAACAAAGCUCCUUAACUUGCGCUCUAGUUUUCAGGUGGGCGGAAUUUUUCACAACCCUCGUCGCUUUCAGCAUUUAAUUCCGUAAUAGACUGACAUUUGACUUAUGCUCCUUUGUUUACAUGUAGAAUGAAAUAUGAGCAUUAGAACAACAAGUGAAAAUGUAGUACGACCACGACCUUUGUUGCGCAUCUGUUUGUCUUCGUCGGAAAUCUAUCACCCUCUUAGUGACUUACUCUCUUAAGUAGCUAAAAAUCUCAUCGAGAUUGGUAUUCAAUCUUCCAAGUUUGAGGAGAUUCACUUCUUAGAGUACGUGAAAAGAAGUUUCUUUUCUGGAUUUUUACCUAUUUGUUAGCCUCCGUGCGGACACAAGAUUCGUAACUUCUAAUCGAAUUUGAAAGACACUUACAGUAAAAAGGGAAACGAUGACACGUCAUCGCAUGCGCCACGCGCGACCUCACCCCUAUGGGGGCUCGUCUCCUGGCGGAACAAAUUACACUGAGGAUAGAAGCGGAGGCGUUCCCCAAAAUGUUCAUGCCGUUUAUCAGAAGCUCCACCAUUGGGUGAAGCACACCACCGCUAAGCUUGCGCAACCACCGCACCGGAAGCACCAUGACAACAGAACCCAUCAUCCACAUAAUAUUCAACAUUCAUCUCCAUUCAACGGCGCUGUGUCCAACGCUGUCAGCAUCGGCGCAUCAACCGCCGCAAAACCUGUCAUGCUUUCCCCUCGCCUAUCGUUCUCUGAUGCACCAAGCGGCGCGACCCACGUUGUCGCGAACAGACACAUCCAGGGAGGCUAUCCGCAAAACAAGAAUUAUACAAGUUCUUGGGCGCACAAGAAGUUUCAGCAGUCGGGAGGUGGUAGUCCUCAUCUGCUCGGUAUUCCCAGGUCAUAUGAAAUACAACAUGAGAAAGCUGAUGCAGGAAGUGGAACAAAAAUUCUAUCAGCAGCAGGCGGCGGUUCUCCGCGUCCUCAAGUGAAGCUAAGCCCACGGCCGUCGUCUCGCCCUCCCUCUCCUAAGCGCGAAGCCGACCAACAGAGCUCGGACCAUCCGGAAGAAAAGCUUUUGGUGUUGAUCGAUGGCGCCAACGUUCUACGAUGGAAAGGCUUCGAGGCUCCCGAUUCGCCGAAAGUCGGACGUAGCGCACCUCCCGUUACCAUGGAGGGGGUUAAACAGUUACAACUCGUCGUGGAGGAAGCACGACGCGUUUUCGGAGCGAACUGUUGUAUCGAAGUUGCGCUGUACCGCCCGGCCCUGGAACAAUUACUAGCUUCAUGCAAUGCUGCUGGAGCUGGACCUGGACAAAACCAGAUGAACUCGAAUUCUUGGCAUCAGGGAUCAAAUGCGCAGUACGAAAGUUUCAAAGGUCCUUGUACUGGAGGAGGUAGUGGUACAUACUGGAGCAAGAACCCAAAAAAAUGGAGUAAGAAUGACCAGGAUUUUCGAGAACAGGGAAGAAGUUCGAAAUGCACUACAGAGCAAGAGGAAUAUGAGCAAAAGCAACUGCAGCAAGAACGGAUGAAACCGGAAACGACUCCAAAAGAGGAUGCUUCUGAAUUUCUGCAGAGCCUGAUUUCCAACGACAUGGUAAUUUUUGUCCCUGGCGGUGUAAAUGUUGACGAUUUCAUUUUUAGCGUGCUGCGCGACUGCCUCCGACCCAAGGACAGCGUGGACGGCUUGGGAAUGCAGUGGCUUGAACACAUCAGUAACCCUCAUAUCCAGGCCAAAGUGAUUUCGAACGACCGGUUUGCCGAGUACUGUGGUCGAGUGACCAACCCUGAAUUCCGACUGAACCUAAAAAACUCGCUGGUGUCUUUCACGAUCCAAAAGACGCAACGGGCAACCAAAGCAGUCCUGAACUGCUGUACCAACUACGGAGGAAAGGAGCGCGAGCUGAAGCAGCAAAGAUGGGGUUCCCCGCGAAUAAGUGGCGCCAUGCGAUACUAAUCCAACAUGAUUGAUGAGUAUUAAUAUGCCCUUUCAUUCACAGGACAUUGUCCUUCAGUCUGGUUGUUCUUCAAGUGUAACAAGUAGUACUUACAUUCUUCUAGCAGUCAUAAUAUAUUCAUCGCGAUACAAAUAUUUUUGUCGUAUUAGUGCAGUGAGUAAAUGUAAAUACUUGUCUUCAGUAACGCGGGACUACUAGAUGCGGGCGCAGCCACCGAUGUAGUUGUAUAGGCGAAACUUCUACAAAAUCAAAAUACAUUUUUAGAAAUACAGCCAAAUAAAAUUGAAAUUCUACCUGCUGCUCGGGGUGAAGAUGUUUGUCUACUAAAUUCGUAUGUUGCAAGUAGUAUGAUGACUUCUACCGCCCUGAACCACCACCUACUUACUUGAACCCCGAUGAACGCGGCUAUUACUACUACGAGAACGUUCUAUAGCCAUGAUCAAGACUGAUACUGAAAAACCUUGAUGAACAUUCGAU